AUGGGGCAAGUACCUUCGCUGCCCAAAUCUAAUAUGGCUGCUGAGAGCGGCGUAGCCAACGGCAGUGUCCCGUUUUCAGAUCACGUGCGAAGAGCGAGCCACUCAGCUUUGCUGCAGACGUCAUCACAUGUGACUUAGCUCGUGACGCACAAUUUGUGCUCGCACCUCAGGCGUACGGCACAGAAGGCGGUUGCGGGGCAUAGUGUGGGCGCUGGGCAGGAAUACUCAUUAUUGAAUCAAUUGCAGCAACCAUGCUGACAGCAAGAUUAGCGUGUUUAUGGACACUGCCACGCCAGAGUCUCCGUCCUGUGCUUACGCAGACCUUCCCAGCUUUGAGGAAUUCCAGUGUAAAAGCAAACCGGUGGAUCUUGCAACCUAACCGGGGGUAUGCCUCCAAAGCAAAAAUGGGGGUGCGGCGUGGAAGAACUGGCCAAGAAAUUAAAGAAGCAGCCUUUGAGCCAGCAAUGGAAACUGCAUUUAAAGUGGACCAGAUGGGAAGAUGGAUUGUUGCCGGAGGGGCUGCUGUUGGUCUUGGAGCUCUAUGUUAUUAUGGAAUGGGGAUGUCAAAUGAAAUUGGAGCCAUUGAAAAAGCUGUUAUUUGGCCUCAGUACGUGAAAGACCGAAUCCGUUCUACUUACAUGUACUUUGCAGGAAGUGUUGGUUUGACAGCAUUGUCUGCUGUAGCAGUCAGCAAAUCUCCUGCACUCAUGAGCCUCAUGAUGAGGGGUUCUUGGCUGGCAAUAGGUGCAACUUUUGCAGCUAUGAUUGGUGCUGGGAUGCUGGUUAGGUCAAUAUCCUAUGAAGGUAAUCCUGGUACUAAACACCUUGCCUGGAUGCUUCAUGCAGGUGUUAUGGGUGCAGUGGUGGCUCCUUUGACCUUGUUGGGUGGUCCUCUGCUGAUCAGAGCUGCCUGGUACACAGCAGGAAUUGUAGGAGGUCUCUCAACUGUGGCCAUGUGUGCACCAAGUGAAAAGUUUCUGAACAUGGGAGGACCACUGGGAGUAGGCCUGGGCCUUGUUGUUGCUUCGUCAAUUGGAUCUAUGUUCCUGCCUCCUACCUCUGCAUUUGGAGCAGGCCUGUAUUCUGUAGCAGUUUAUGGUGGAUUGAUCCUUUUUGGCAUGUUCCUGCUAUACGAUACACAAAAAGUUAUCAAACGUGCAGAGACACACCCAGUGUCCAUAUAUGGAGUAGCAAAGUAUGACCCCAUCAACUCGUGUCUGGGUAUAUACAUGGAUACGCUGAACAUCUUUAUUCGAGUGGCCACCAUGCUUGCCACUGGUGGGAGUAGCAGGAAGAAAUGAAUUAAGAUUCUUCUUCGCAACCAUCUGAUAGUUCACCAAACUGUCUACUUAGUGUGUAUGCCUAGUAAAAGUUAAUCUGGUGUACAAGCAGCUUUCAUGUAGAAGUCAGAAGUUUGAAGCACUUCAGCAUUAUUAAGGUGUUCCAAAAGAACAUGAAUCUCAAGGAUACGUUUUCCAGUUCUUAUUCUGAAAAGGUCAAAUUUGGAUUACAGUGCAAACACUUGUACAUAAUUUGUCUUAAUGGGAAAGAAAUAUUUUCAGUAAAUUAUAUUCUAAACUUAAAUAAAACUAAAUCAGUCUGUUUCUCUGAAAGAUUUGACAACAUAUUAUUGUGACUAUCACUUUUUGCAUCUACCAUAAUUGCAUAGUAAAAAGACACUGAUCUCCAAAAUGAGGACUCAAGUAUACAGAAAGGGGCACAAGAUAACUCAAGAGACUGAUAUUGGAAUAUGGAACCUUGUUGUGCUUAAAGUGGUGUUGUUGUCUGAGAGCUGUUGCUGCUAUUGGAUGGCCUUUGGGUGACCUAUCUGAAAGAAAUUAGAGCUCUAUCACGAUUUGUGCCCUUGUAACAUCUCAAGUGAAAUUUUAGAAAGGAUUAGGGUGAGUACAGAGAAAUACAAAGGCCUUGGAAAGGCAAUGCAACGCUUCCGGAAUGGUGGACGGUGGUAAAGAAGCUCUUGCUCUUACUACAUCUAUUUGUCCUGUGGGUAAAUAGAACUUCAGCACCUUUCCUGAAUAUACUUGAAAAAUUAGUAUUCAGUGUAGUUGUAAUGUUGAUUAGCUAUGUCUGUCUUUGCGCUGAAAAGUUAAACAUUGGGAACAUCAAACUAUUGAAGUCUU